AUGCCCUCGUUUGCUGAUAGUUUUUGGUCUGAAGAUUUAUCUACGGGCGUGGAACGGCUGUUUGUAGAGCUUCACAAGGGGUGUAACCAGAAUGCGCUGUUCAUUCAAUUGUUUGCAUCAAGAAUGCAAUAUGAAGUGAAUUAUGGACGCCAACUAUGCAAUACAACUUCCAACAUCGAGGGUUAUUCCGACACGUCUAAUUCAGACCAAUCGGUAGAUAAUGCUCUCAAUCAACUGGCUACUGCUAUGGAAAAAGAAGGCAACGAACAUUUGGCUAUCGCAGCUGACAUCGAAACCACUGUUUUACGACCUUUCAGUCAAUGGUGCGAAGACCACGAACAGAGAAUCGAAUACUCUGAAAAAAUCCUCAAGACCAAUGUGCUGAAUUACCAAAAAUCGACCAAGUACGUGGAGAAACUGGAGCAACACUAUUUCAACAAAUGCAGACAGCUUGAGGACCACAAGCGGUCAUAUUUCAACGACGACGAGCUCGUCAAUGUCAUGAAACAACUGGAGCUUUUCCAGGAAAAGGAAACCGCGUUGGCCAAGGAGAGGGAAUUUGAUGCGUUUGGCAAAUUCGGUAAUCUGGAUUUCGAUGUCAGAACCAUGCGGGAAACAUUGAGUCUUUUACUAACUAAGCUGGAAAAGACCACUUACAAAAUGCCCUUCAUCAAUUUCACCUUUGAGAACACCAACAACGGAAGUGAGAUCGUGAAAUUUCUCAUGGAAAACCUCGCUUUGAAGGACGUGGAUCAGGCAGAGACCUUCGGUCAAGAUCUCCUGAACAGUGGGUUUUUGAAAUACUGCAAUGGGGUUGGCAACACGUUCGUGAACUCCAAAAAAUUUCAGUAUUGUUGGAAACAAUACGCCUACAAAUUCGCACGGGUACCUUUGCCCAACGCCUCGGAACAUGGGGACUCGCAUGAUGAAGAGGGACCCCAACCUAUAUCUACAUACCUCACCGAUCUCACUUCCAAAAUCUCAAACUCUCAAGACUCGAUUUCGACACUUCCCACUAUAUCAAACACGGAAAGAAGUCUUUUGAAAUAUGUCAAAGAUUUGGAAACGGCAGACGCGCGAUAUCGAAAAGAAUGCAAAAAGUUGGAUAUUCUAAGGUGUUCUUUAGAAGAGCUUCUAGUUGAUCAUUUCACAUUCAUGGAAAAAUGUGAGCUAGACAGACUGAAGGCCCUAGAGAAAGUUAUCUUGGAUUUCUCACCUAUCAUUUCCAAGAAUGCUUCAGCUAUGAAGGAGCUUAAUAUCGCUGUUUUGAAAACAGGUACUGAGGUAGAUCCAACCCUUGACCUAUUAAAUUUGGUGGAAAGAGGGAGAACCGGUACUUUCCAACCUCACGUCAUUACUUACAAUAAUUAUUAUAAUCCAGGCGGAUUCCAGAAUUUUGGAAUUGACUUGGAAACCCGUUGUCGAAUGGAUAAAAAAGCUGUUCCACUAAUUGUGUCCUCAAUUCUCUCAUUUAUGGACCGAGUCUAUCCGGAGCUGCCCAACGACAAUGUAAGAACAACUGUGUGGACCGUUCCCGUCAAGCUAAACUCUACACACCAACUUCGAGCGAAUUUGAACGAGGCUCCCUUUCAAGAAGAAUCACAAAUCACAUCAAUAUUAGCGAACUAUGCUGUUGAACCUAGUGUUAUAGCAAGCGUUCUUAAAAUUUAUUUCUUGGAGCUGCCAGAGCCUUUGAUCUCCAACGACGUUUAUGAUAUUUUGAAAGCCCUCUAUGCAGAAUUCCCUCCGUCACACGUUGAAAGCGAGGAACAGGCUGCCAUCGACGCUCAGCGCGUAAGCGGCAUUACGACUGCGUUUAAUUCGCUGUCAAAACCGCAUAUUGCAACUUUAGAUGCAAUCACCACCCACUUUUCGAGACUCGUCAAAAUUCUAAAAAUGGGUUCAUCCGCCACGAGUGGGGCUCUAGCUAACGAAUUCAUCCGCUCCGUCUCUCAAGAAUUCGCGAAUUGCAUAAUAAGAGUUAAGCUUCCAGAUGGGAACAACUUAAGCUUUAAAAUAUUCACCGAUCUUUUGCUGUUCCGCAAGCCCAUUUUCCGCGGUCUGAAGAGACAAAAUUCCAAGGCGCAGGAAAAUCACGAAAAGGCUCCAUACUUCUAG